AUUACGUUUUAACAAUGUUUUUGCAAAGAUGGCGGUGGUUGGGUGAAUGAACGAAACAUCCCUUUUAGUUAAAAAAUUGUAUUGAUUCUAAGGUCUUUUUGUUGGACCAAAAUCUGAAUUCAAAUAGUAUCUUAUAUUAACUUCUUUAACAGAUAUAUUCUUAUUAAACGAAGCACUAGAAUGGUAAUAUGACACAGAGCAAGAAGAAGAAACGGGCGAAUCGCAGUCUCCUGCUGGCGAAAAAAAUUAUUAUCAAGGAUGGAGGAACGGCACAAGGUUUUGGGGCUCCCAGUGUAUACCAUGCUGUAAUUGUCAUCUUUUUGGAAUUUUUUGCUUGGGGCCUGCUUACAGCACCCACUCUGGUGGUUCUACAUGAGACUUUCCCGAAGCAUACGUUUCUAAUGAAUGGCUUGAUACAGGGUGUAAAGGGCCUGCUGUCUUUCCUGAGUGCUCCUCUGAUUGGUGCCCUCUCUGAUGUGUGGGGCCGGAAGUCGUUUCUGCUGCUCACCGUUUUCUUCACGUGUGCUCCUAUUCCACUGAUGAAGAUAAGCCCUUGGUGGUACUUUGCUGUUAUUUCAGUGUCCGGAGUGUUUGCCGUGACGUUCUCUGUGGUCUUUGCCUAUGUGGCUGAUAUCACACAGGAGCAUGAGCGCAGCAUGGCCUAUGGACUGGUGUCUGCCACUUUUGCUGCUAGCCUGGUGACGAGUCCAGCCAUCGGAGCAUACUUGGGCCGUGUGUAUGGGGACGGGUUGGUGGUGGUGCUGGCCUCGGCUAUCGCCAUGCUGGACAUCUGCUUCAUCCUGGUGGCUGUGCCUGAGUCUCUGCCUGAAAAAAUGAGGCCAGCAUCAUGGGGGGCUCCUAUAUCCUGGGAACAAGCUGACCCCUUUGCUUCUCUAAGAAAAGUGGGCCAGGAUUCCACGGUGCUGCUCAUCUGCAUAACAGUGUUCCUGUCCUAUCUCCCGGAGGCUGGCCAGUACUCCAGCUUUUUCCUGUAUUUACGACAGAUUAUGAGAUUUUCACCUGAAAGUGUGGCAGCUUUUAUUGCUGUUCUGGGAUUGCUUUCAAUCGUUGCACAGACUGUAGUGUUGAGUUUACUCAUGCGUUCCAUCGGGAACAAGAACACCAUCUUGCUUGGCCUGGGGUUCCAGAUCCUGCAGCUCGCCUGGUACGGGUUUGGCUCCGAACCUUGGAUGAUGUGGGCUGCAGCGGCUCUAGCAGCCAUGUCGACCAUCACUUUCCCAGCAAUUAGUGCUUUGGUUUCCCGCACCGCUGAGCCGGACCAACAAGGCGUGGGCCAGGGGAUGGUCACGGGGAUCAGGGGGCUGUGUAACGGCCUGGGCCCAGCCCUCUACGGCUUCAUCUUCUACAUCUUCCACGUGGAGCUGGACGCACCCCCCGACAGCAACGGGGACUCAUCGGGCCACACUCAGACCCACCAUCAGCUCUUCCCACAGAGUUCCAUUAUUCCCGGCCCGCCAUUCCUCUUCGGAGCAUGCUCAGUGCUGCUAGCUCUCCUAGUGGCACUCUUCAUCCCGGAGCACCCCCACCUGGGCCCACGGCCUGGAGGUUGGAAGAAGCACAGCUCGCCCCACGGCCACCCCCAAAGCCCACAGCUGCCCGGGGAGGCCAAAGAGCCUCUACUGCAGGACACAAAUGUGUAACUCAGGCCUCACUACUGAGGCCCAAAUCCCUCUUCAAAACCACAGAGGAAAGAGAGCUCCUUGUAUAGGUAUUGUAGACAACAAUCAAAAAGCUAUAUUAAGAGUUACCACUAUAUAUGUACACAUAGGAGUAUAUGUUUUUGAGAGAGUUCUAUCCAAAGGCACUAUUUGCAAUGGUUAUUAUUUAUUUAUUUCAGUUUCUUUCUUGAACGUUUACUUUUUCCAACCGUUGUUUUGAUGAUACUGGACAGGGGCAUAGCUCACUCAGGGACAUUCACCUGGUAGGACAGGCCUGUUUCUGAACACAGUGUGUUCCACAAUCAGAAGAGGGAGUCUGCACAACAAAAACCUAGAAAGAAUUUUUUAAAAAGCAUCAAAAAGACUGCGUAGUCCUCUACCACUGGACCUUCAGCUUUACAGAACGGAGAGAGAAAUGACACUGCAGGGCUGAAUAUGGAAUUCCAGUUGACAUUACCCCAGAUCUCUACAUAAAAAAAGCCUUAAUCCACAUACUAACCACGGAAUGUGUGAACGCAAUGGACUUGGAAUGAUACAGCAGAAUUUUUAAAGCACCUUUGUUUUGACGCUCAUAUCAAAUGGUUGCCUACUACCACUUCUUCAGACAGACUGGUGCCUUUUCCCUGGCUUGGAAAAUGCUGUGGAGGGGUGCGCCGGGGUCUACUGGGGUGUGAUAUACUUUUUGACGGGACCACAAGGAGAUCUUCAGUCACCCCCCCAUCACGGAAUGUGUGACAGAUUGGCUUGGUAUUUUUCGUUGUCUUUUAUUCUCAUUUGUACGUGUACAUGGCCAAGUUCCUGACGUGUAUGAAUCAGUUACAGAAAAUGAUCAUACAGGAAGGGUUUGCCUUUCAAAUGAUCUUAUCAACACAGAGGACCUCUGAAGUCAGCCAACACGUUUCAUAACCCCAGAAUCCGUAGAUCCAUCUCCAGUGGCCUUCUAUAACCCCUUUUUCAAUUGUACAAACGAAAUAUGUUCUUGUUUUAACUUGCUAAUUGACCAAAUACCAAACGAAAGUACAUAUUGAAUCAUGACAGUUGUGAAAUUAGUGUGCUCUAGUUAUUUAUGAGUUGGUGUUCUGUAAUACAUUCGUUUCUUGAAAUACUGUAUGCAGUUUUCUUUUCCUUUUCCAUGUUUUUCGUCAUUGUUUUGCUGCCUUUUGUUUUCAGCAUUUUUAACAUUACAUUGUUUACGGACCUUGUAAAUAUACAGUAAGUAUACAACCAUGCAUUUCAAUAAAAUUGAAUAUUUUGAUGUAUGGUGGA